CCUUCUCCUCUGCUGUGUGGCUCCUUGCUCUGGCCUCAACGAGCAUUACCCACCUCAAUAAUACACCGCUACUGUGGAUUUAUUUUGUACGGGGGAUAUAUCUGGAUACCACGCGCGGACAUGGAUUGAUUCCCGACACGUACGAGCGAAUCACAAACACACUGGAUUCAGAGAAUGAAGAUGCCUGAGGCGCGGAGUUAGAGCCCUCCACCAGAGAGCUUUUCCAGGGCUAGGGGCUGGACCCUGAGACCCCUGCCUGAGUCUGAACUAUGGGGGAUGGAGGCGCCGGUGCAGCUGGAGGAGACGGGGUGAACAAGUCCCAUGUUCUGUUCGACAAGUUCGUCCAGGGCACCACGUGUAAAGGCACGCUCAAGGCCUUCCAGGAGCUGUGCGACCACCUCGAGGUCAAGCCCUGCGAGUACAGGGUCUUCUAUCACAAGCUCAAGUCCAAACUCAACUACUGGAAGGCCAAGGCGCUCUGGGCAAAGUUGGACAAGCGGGCCUGCCAGAAGGAGUACAAGAAGGGCCGUGUCUGUGCCAACUCAAAGUGUCUGAUCAUUGGUGCGGGGCCAUGCGGCUUACGUACAGCUAUCGAGCUGGGUUUCCUUGGGGCCAAAGUGGUGCUGCUGGAGAAGAGAGACGCCUUCUCUCGGAACAAUGUGCUGCACCUCUGGCCCUUCACCAUCCAGGACCUCAGGGGCCUCGGGGCCAAGAAGUUCUACGGAAAGUUCUGCGCUGGUGCUAUCGAUCAUAUCAGUAUUCGUCAGCUACAGUUGAUUCUGCUCAAAGUGGCUCUCCUGCUGGGCAUCGAGAUCCAUGUCAACGUUGAGUUCAAGGGUCUUAUUGAGCCCCCAGAAGAUCAAGAGACUGAAAGGAUAGGCUGGAGGGCUGAGGUCCACCCCAGGACACACCCUGUCAACGAGCUGGAGUUUGAUGUCAUCGUCGGGGCAGAUGGAAGGAGAAACACGCUACCAGGGUUUCGGCGUAAGGAGUUCAGAGGAAAGCUUGCCAUCGCCAUCACCGCUAACUUCAUCAACAGGAACACGUCGGCGGAGGCAAAGGUUGAGGAGAUCAGCGGGGUCGCCUUCAUCUUCAACCAGAAGUUCUUUCAAGACCUCAGAGAAGCGACAGGUGUUGACCUGGAAAACAUCGUCUACUACAAGGACGACACACACUACUUUGUGAUGACUGCCAAAAAGCAGAGCCUGUUGGAGAAAGGAGUCAUUCUGCAUGACUAUGCCGACACAGAGCUGCUGCUGUCCAGGGCCAACGUGGACCAGGCCGCCCUGCUGUCUUAUGCCUGCGAGGCUGCGGAUUUCUCCACCAACCACCAGCUGCCCACGCUGGACUUCGCCAUCAACCACUACGGCCAGCCCGACGUAGCCAUGUUCGACUUCACUUGCAUGUACGCCUCGGAGAACGCCGCCAUGUUGCGCCAACGCAACGGCCACAAUCUGCUGGUGGCGCUCGUGGGCGACAGCCUGUUGGAGCCCUUCUGGCCCAUGGGCACUGGCAUCGCCCGAGGUUUCCUGGCAGCCAUGGACUCGGGCUGGAUGGUGAGGAGCUGGGCUCAGGGCAAAACCCCUCUUGAGGUUCUAGCUGAGAGGGAGAGUAUAUACCGCCUACUGCCCCAAACCACGCCAGAAAACAUCAGUAAGAACUUCAGUCAUUACAGCGUGGACCCCACCACGCGCUACCCCAACAUCAGCCUUAACUUCCUCAAGCCUAGCCAGGUGAGGCACCUUUGCGACACAGGGGAGUCCAGGGAAAUGCGCAUUGAAAUUGAGAAUGUGAUCAACUCGUCGACACCAAAGUUGGCCAGGAAUGAAUCCAUAGCUCGAUCCAGUAAGCUGCUGAACUGGUGCCAGAGACAAACGGAGGGUUACAGGAAUGUUAGUGUGACCGACCUGACGAUGUCUUGGAAGAGCGGUCUGGCCCUGUGCGCCCUCAUUGACCGAUACCGACCGGACCUCAUUGACUUUGAUUCCCUGGAUGAGCGAGACCAGGAGAAGAACAACCAGUUGGGUUUCGACGUAGCCGAGAGGGAAUUUGGCAUCUCGCCCUGCAUGACGGGCAAGGAGAUGUCUUCUGUGAUAGAGCCAGACAAGCUCUCCAUGGUCAUGUACCUCAGCCAGUUCUAUGAGAUGUUUAAGGACACAGUGCCACCCGGAGAUAACCACAAUUUGAGUCCUGAGGAGAAGGCGGCACUGAUAUCCAGCACCAAGUCCCCCAUCUCCUUCCUCAGCAAACUUGGUCAGAGCAUAGCAAUAUCCAGGAAACGAAAUCCAAAGGACAAAAAGGAGAAGGAUGUGGACGGCUUGGGGAAGAGAAGGAAAACCAGCCAGUCUGAAGAUGAGGAGGUAUCCAGAACCGGCCGCGACGACAGGCCGUCGGCCCCAGCUGUCCUAUCGGAGAGAAAAAUGGACUCCUGCACUGUGGGGAACCACAACAAAGUCAAAGUCAUGGCCACCCAGCUGCUUGCCAAGUUUGAGGAGAACGCUCCACAGACUACGGGACUCAAACGACAGGGGGAAUCUCUGCCCAAUCUGGAUCGCCUUUUUCCCCUUACCUCGCCCCAAACCCCUGUGAAUGAGCCAGUGCGCCUGGCACCUGUCCCAGCAUGGAGAAAGGCCAGAGGUGUUGCCGACCAACUGUCCAGCUCGGGCUCUCGGAGCUGCCCAAAGAAAACCAUUCUGCUCCCUUCUUCUUCCUCCACUUCCUCGCUCUCUCUUCACUCAGAGCAUUUGCCUAAAAGUCCGGAGGAAGAGGAGCUUGAAUACUACGAGAUGCCUCUGAAAUACGGGGAGUGGAAGCUGCCCCACCUGACGAGACCCAUUCACAUACCUGGCAUACAAGAGAGGGCGGACCGCCUAAUCUCCAGGUUUAAGGGCAAAGCUGACAAGCCACCGAAGCUGAAGAAAAAGCCAUCCCGUUUCUUUUUAGAGCGGUGGCACUUGUCCCGGGACCCGACUGCGAGUCCUGGUUCCCCACUAUCCUCUCCUGACUUUUCUAGACAGGAGCCGGCAAGGCCUCUGCUCUCCGAUGAUGAAAUGCCCUUAUAUGUGCUUAGUAUUCAGGAGAGGGCUGAGCUACUUGCCUCUCAGUUUGAGGGCAAGCCAGCCGGACCACAGCCAAAGAAAAAAACCUCCCGUUUUUUUACGGAACAAUGGCACCUGGCCCAAGCCCGUUCUACCCCUGGUUCUACCCCUGGUUCUCCCCCCUCCACCUCUGACACCUUGAGACAGCGCUAUGUCAGGAUGUACACAGGUGGCAUUAGCUCAUUGGCUGAGCAGAUAGCCAAUCAGCUUCAAUCUCAGCGAGAUCCUAAGCCUUUACCUGAAAAGAGGGACUUGGGCUCACUCAGAAAAGAGUUCCCCGCCAACAUUGGGGGCAGCGACGUGUGUUUCUUCUGCCGUAAGCGUGUGUACGUGAUGGAGAGGCUGAGCGCAGAGGGGAAGUUCUUCCAUCGCAGCUGCUUCAAGUGUGAAUACUGUAGCACCACGCUACGACUGUCCUCCUACGCCUUCGAUGUGGAGGACGGGAAAUUUUACUGCAAGCCUCACUUCUGCUACCGCCUGUCUGGCUACGCUCAGAGAAAGAGGCCUGCUCCCUCCCCGACUCAAAUCAUUGCUAAGGAGAACCAGGCGCCCCAAACUCCCACGACGACCGAGGAUGCCCCCGGGAGGUCGAUGGCGGCAGCAGCAGCGCCCUUGGCCGAGCUCCAGCCCUCAGCACCGGUGGCCAACGGACUGCAGGAGCCCAGCCUCGCUAAACGUCUGCGGGGAACUCCGGAGCGCAUCGAGUUGGAGAACUACCGUCUGUCCAUGCAGAGGGAGGAGGAGCUGGAGGAGGUGCCUGAGGAGACGCUGGCAGAACACAACCUCAGCAGUGUGCUGGACAAGGCCACAGACGCCGACCUGGGCUCCAGUAGCUCAGAGUCAGACAUGGAGGAGGAGGACGAGCAGGAGGAUCAGGAUCCGGAGGAGGUGGAACAGCAGCCUCUCAGCCCUUCAGACCUCGGCGGCGUUCCCUGGAGGGAGGCGGUAGAGCUCCACUCCAAACUGAGAGGCGACGAGGACGAGGACGAGGACGAGGCUCUGGCCGAUGCAGUCAGCAGAGACCGGGAGGUAGACGAAGACGAUGAAGAGUAUGAGGAGGAAGACGAGGACGAAGACGACGACGAGUCGAGCGAUGAGGGGGACUACUGCCCGUGGGAUAGAGAGCUCCAGUCAGGCCUUUGGCUUGAGAAGCACCUCACAGAUGAAGACGAUGUUGGUACAUUUAAAGCCAGGAACCUACAGAUCCAACAAGUCCUGCAGCCUGUGGAUCCCCAGGCCAUUCCAGGUUUGGUGAGAACACGCCCGGACUCUGAGGCAGACAAGGAGGGCCAGCUGGCCUCAGCCUCCCUACUCUCCCAGCCCUCUGAGCUCACGCAGCCCUCCUCCGCAGCCCCCGCCCACACAUCCGCCCGACACGAGGCAGUGAGAGUCUGGUUGGAGUCCAUGUCUGGAGAGCCCUGUGAGGAUGGAGAUUUGGAAGCAGAAGCAGACAGUCCAGAUAUUGAGCCCGGUACAGAGAUGGAUCAGGAUGACAUCCCUUCGGAUGCAGAAGCUGAGGCUCGUUUGCAGCAGUCGGAGCGGGCUGCAGUGCUUCCUGAGGAAGACAGGAAAUUAGAAAGUGUGAAAACGGCCUCCAGUAUUGAGCCGUCCGGCGUCGGCCCCAUUCAGAAAGAAGAUGUUGUUCUUUCCCAACUCAAACCAUCUCCAGAGCCCCAACCACAGAUAACGCCGGUGAAGUCUCCCGGCACGCGCUUCUUCCCGGAACCGUUCACACCCGAGGAAAGGAAGACUGAGGGCUCAACUCCUUCUCCUUCUCCAGCCGCCAGGAGCCCACUGUGUCCUUCGCCUGCUCCAGUCCACGAUCCGUCCUCUGGCCCUUCUCCUACUCUUGCUGCUGCCGCCUCCCCUGUCAACGUCCCUGCCUCAUCUCCAAUAAGUUCAGUCAUCAAAUCACCCAUCAACUCUCCAGUCAUCGAGUCACCCGUCAGAUCCUCAGUCAAGUCCCCUGCUGGCUCCCCAAUCCGCUCUCAGCCCACCCCGCUACCAGAGGCUUGCACACCUAAAUCUCCUGUCUACCCUCCCCGCUCUAUUUGCCCUCUCACGGGCAACCCCCUCUCCCCAAUCUGUGCUCAGCCUUUGCCGUGCCAGGAACCCUCGUCGCCCCUCACCUCGGACUCUCCCGUCAGAAAUCAGCCUGUCCCCGGCGUCACUUCGACGCCCAUGACUAACACGGACAUGGGCACGCCUGAACCCUCCACGUGCAUAGAUUCCUCGACGGAGGAAACUCCAUCGAAAAAGACGGAUAUCAUUGAGGAGUUUUGGUUGAAGAGUGCUGAGAUCAGGAAGAGCCUCGGCCUGACUCCCUUGGACCGCAGCAGUAAAAUCUUGGAGAAGAGUGUUGUUACUGCUCCAUCGCAGGACUCCACCCCCGUCAAGCCUCAGUCUCCAGACGUACCAGAGGAACAGAAGCCUGCCUUUACAGGCCGAGCUGUCAUUCGCAGACUCAACAUCACUCUUGAAGGUCAGGUCAUCACCCCCCUUGCUCCCGUGGAGCCCAAGAGUAAUGGCUCUGAUCGGAGGGACCUCAGCAGCAGCUCUGGUUUGGGGCUGAAUGGGAGCACGGCCACGAGCCAGACAGUGAACAGCGAUGGCUACAACACGUCGGACUCCAUCAUGCUCACCCCGCCCUCCAGCCCGCCACCACCCGUGCCUGCGAAUCAGUCUCCAGCCGUGCUCAGGCAGCCGAGGCAUCAGGUGUCCUGGAGCAACGGAACAGAUCAGCCUCCAUCCGAGCGUGCCAAAGAGCCGGCAAAAACCAAGAGUCCCGUUCCCGCACCGAGGACCCAACUGAGCCCCGUGUCUGCACCCAAACCUGCGCCCAGGAAGCUCUCCUCGCCUCAGGCGGAUCCAGAGCCAGAACCAGCUCCAGUGGUCGUCAUGAGGGAGAAGAAGAAGCCCCGGCCGCAGGAGGUGAGGAAGUCGUUCGUGGAGACGGUGGAGGAGAUUCCGUUCGCCGACGACGUGGAGGAGUCCUACGACGAGCGGACGCCAGAAACCAGCAUGAACAGGUACUAUACUCCACCCACCAGCAAGCCCAGCAGGGAAAGGCCUCCCCUGCAUCUGGCUCUAGCGAUGGAAAACGGUAAACCCAAUAUCCCUGUCCACCAAGCCCUUAAGAACCAGAGGGCAACUCAAUUCUCCCCAGAGGCCAAGGAGAUCGCAGAAGAGAGAAUGAAGGCCAGAGAAAAGUCCGUUAAGAGCCAGCUGUUGAAAGACGCCAUGGCCAAGCAGCUACAUAAAAUGAAAGAGUCUGACAUCGACAAGGGUGCCUUACCUAAGGUGGCCUGGAGCGUCACCCAAGAUGUUGCUGCGAAAAGUAAAAAGUCAGCCGUAUCCCCAAAUACAUCAGCCGUGAAAGCGCUGGAGUCGAAGAAGGCCGAGACUUUACCCGAGCGCUUCUUCAGCAGCAACAAGAGUCUGGACAGCUCCGUGGCUUCGUCAGACGGCUCCUCCGCGAGUAAGAGCAAGAAACGAAGUUCCCUCUUCUCGCCGCGCAAGAAUAAGAAGGAGAAAAAGGCAAAGAACGACAGCAGCAGGCUCUCCGGCACGGACGAGACGCCGCCCAAACACAAGUCCCUGUGGAAGGCCGUCUUCUCGGGAUACAAGAAGGACAAAAAGAAGAAGGAAGAUAAAUCUUGUCCGAGCACGCCGUCCUCGAGCUCCACCACUCAGGGCUCUGGGAAGAAGAAAAGUUCGCCCCUCGGGAAAUCAUCGGACUUGAAAUCACGCAGAAACUUGAGCUUCUCUGAGGACUCGGACCUGUCCUGUGAUGACGUUCUGGAGAGGUCCUCCCAGAAGUCAAAGGCUGAUUCUGUUUAUGUCCCUCACGCACUGGCGUUCAAGAGAUCGUACGCCACAAAGAAAACCUACACGGAGGAAGAGCUGAAUGCCAAGCUGACGCGAAAGGUCCAGAAAGCUGCACGACGGCAAGCCAAGCAGGAGGAACUCAAGAGGCUGCACCGAGCCCAGAUCAUCCAGAGACAGCUGGAGCAGGUGGAGGAGAAGCAGAGGCAGCUGGAGGAGAGGGGCGUCGCUGUGGAGAAGGCUUUGAGAGGAGAAGCAGACUAUUGGGGAGAUUCUAAUUACAGUGAAAUCUUGGACUUGCAUCUGGGCGGCAUGGGCAAGAAGGACGAUCCCAAGCUAAUGCAAGAGUGGUUCAAGCUGGUGCAGGAGAAAAAUGCCCUGGUCCGCUAUGAGUCAGAACUCAUGAUAUUCGCCAGAGAGUUGGAGCUGGAGGACCGACAGAGCCGACUGCAGCAGGAACUCAGGGAGCGGAUGGCCGUGGAAGACAACCUGAAGACGGAGAAGGAGCUCGGUCAAGAGAAGCAGAUCCUGAAUGAGAUGUUGGAGGUGGUGGAGCAGCGCGAUGCCCUUGUGGCCCUCCUGGAUGAGCAGAGGCUUCGGGAGAAGGAGGAGGACAAGGACCUGGAGGGCGUGAUGCUCUCCAAAGGCUUCAACCUCAACUGGGUUUAAGAGGAGUGAAAUCAUCUGCUCAAGUCCUGGAGGGAAUUGACUCAGAUGGUGAUGAGACUAGUCUGCUGAACACCUGCAGCAGUGAAUGCGUCAAACACACACACACACACACACACACUACGACUGUCUCUGGCAUUGACGCAGUCCGCAACGUUUACACAAAGCAGUCCCAGUUCAUCACUUUGCAGUUUUUGCUUUUCCCUCCCUGGAGAGAGCAGUUUGGUCCUGCUGAUGUAAAGGAAUUGUGUUUUUUUUUUUUUGUGUAUAGUUGUCUAGAACAUGUCACAUUUUGCGGCGGAUGAGGGUCCUCUCUCUUUUCCAAAAAGGUCGGCUACAGAGGUGUGUUUUACACGCUGGAGUGAUGUCUGCACUCUCAAUCUCUGGAGGACGGACGUCCUCCGCUGAAGCUGCCUUUCUAUCCACUGACAAGCUGAGUCCUGCAUCCUUAUAUAGACACCAUAAAAAGGUUCUUCUUUCCCCUCUCACAGAUUGUCAACACUAAAAAUCCAUUAAAUAUGGCCAUGGUUUUCUAUGUAUUUAUUACUUUUUGUUUGCUUUUAACAGAUCAACAUUUUUGUUUUGUUUUGCAUUCACAGGAGAGUGCCCAGAAUCACAUUAUCCUGCACUUGUGCAUGAUUUAGAUGCACCCAUAAGCCAUUGCAUGUCAGGAAUGAAGGCUGCAGGCACAUCGAAUACCUGUACCCUUGUCUUUUAUAGCUAGGACAUAGACUACAGAUGUAUACUGUAUAAUAUAUAUAUAUAUAUAUAUAUAUAUAUAUAUAUAUAUAUAUAUAUAUAUAUAUAUAUAUAUAUAUUACACAUACACAUAUAUAUACACAUAUAUACAUGAGCACUGAAGCAUUUCACAUGACUCGAUAAUGAUGGGCCUCUCCUUGACAUGCUGUUCACUGUAUAUCACGCUGACGGUUAACGUUUACCAACACUGGUCAACGGUCGAGAUUGGAUGUUUAUGAUUCCGACUGGUAAACGGUAGAUUUAUCUUUUGAAGGAACUGUCCUCAAGUUCAGAUAUGUUUUCUACCGUGUGUGUCAACAUCGGGAUAUCAUUAAUAGAGCCAAUUUCCCUGUUGAUGGGAGAUCAGCAUAGCUCACAUUACUCAUUUUGUGCCACAGGAAUGUCUGUUGGUAGAUAUGCUGCAAUAUCUGAGGAGUACACCACAAGGACUUACACACUACACGCCACUCAUCAUUAACAUGGCAGUGUUAAUACUUUACCCUUGAACAAGAUGCCUUUUUGAUUUUCAUUUUCUUUAGUAAAGUUAUAUUUUAUUUUUUAGAGUUGACUUGUUUUUUUGAGGUAGUCACGUGUGUGUGUGUGUGUGUGUGUAUCCCACUGGAACUCAAGUUUUUUUUACUUGUCUUUUAUUUUUCAAAUACUUUUAUACAGCAGGUCCCUAAACAAACAAAUGGAUGAUUUUAAAUGGGGCCGCUGAAGGAAUGCAACGUGCUUUAUGAGCAACUGGCAUCAAACCGGAACAUUAUGGUUUAUCUGGUGGUUAGUCAAAUCUAAUAGCCUUUUUGACAACAGUACAAAUCCUGGUGGUCACUGUUUUACAGCACAGAAACAAUAGAGGCUAUAUUUAUGACUUGGUAUGACAUGUGAAUACAAAAAAGUUAUAUCAUUUUAAGGGUUGUUGCUUUAGAUGAUGUGUGACAGGUUUGACAUGAUUGUAUUGAUAUUUAUUAACGUGUGCAAACUGUAUUAUAUGUAAAGAAAAUGAAUCCUAAUUUUUAAACUGUUCUGUUGACUCAUGACUUGUAAUGUAAGUGCUUCAUGUAGCUAAAUGCAUAGGGGUGUUGGAUGUAUGCUAAAAACGGCAAUAAAAUAAUGCAGUUCUUUUAAA